AUGGGAGUGUACGUCUAUUACCGCGUCGAUGAAGAGAUCCGCCGGCAUGCCGAACGUCUGCUGGCGGCACACUACAGUGACCUGGAAGUACACGUCCGUGCCGCACGUUGGGUCGAAGGUGAGGGGAUCGAGAUCCACGGCGUGUCAAUUCUCGAACCCGGGGCCGCGGGCCCCCAGGGUGAGUUGGUUUACAUCGACGAAGUCUUUCUCGACGGCGUGGGCAAGGUAGAAAAGCUGCUUUCCGGCAAUGCGAACAUCGAACGGAUCAUCAUCCGUCGCCCCACGAUCAACGUCACCCAUCGUCCGAACGACGCUUGGAGUGCGGGAAACUUGAUCCCCCUGCCCCGCCUGGGGGUGCUUCCGCCGGUAGCAUCGAUCGAAGACGGACGCGUGGUGGUGUUCGACCCUCAGAAGAACCCCACCAGCACCUUCGAACUGCGGCAACUUUAUGUGUCAGUCAAGCCUGAGGAAGGCGACAUGCCCGACUCAGAACGCGACAUCAUGAUCGAGGGUCGAGCGGUCGGCGAUCACUUGCGUUGGAUCGAGUUCCAGGGACAAACCGACCGAGAGGCCAACAAUUGGCGACUCGAUGGCACGACUAACGGCUUAGAGCUUUCCCCCGAGUUGCACAACGCCCUGCCCGGCCAACACGAGGGCUGGAUGAACGAACUGGCCGGUCUCCAAGGCCAAGUCGAUCUGGAGUUCAAACUCACGCACAAGCCCGACCGUGAACAACCCCUGCAGUUCGUCGUCACCGGUGGGCUUGAACAGGGACGGCUAGCACAUACUCGGUUGCCUUAUCCUCUUUCCGACGUUCGGGCUCAUUGGCGGGCGGACAACGAGGGGCUAAAGGUCGACGGGCUGGUAGCCCGCAACGGGCAAACCACCCUCUGGCUCACCGGUCACAGCGAUGGGCUCACCGCAGACAGCCCCGUGAAUAUCGAAGCCCGUUGCCGACAGAUGGUGCUCGACAAUCGGCUGCUCGACUCGAUGCCCCCAGAUUUGCGAGUGCACUGGAACAAAUUCCUACCGAUGGGGACCGUCGACGUUGAUCUGAAGCUCGCCUUCGAUGGCACGGCCUGGAAACCGAAUCUCCAGGUGCUGUGUCACGAUGUCUCGUUCACCUACCACAAGUUUCCUUACCGCCUUCGUCGUGGGACGGGCACACUGCAGUUGGUCGACAAGAAGCUCGAUUUCAAAUUGAUGGCCUAUAGUGACACCACCCCAGUACAUAUCGCUGGUGAAUUCCAAAACCCUGGCAAGGACUUCACCGGAAAGGUCACUACCCAAGGCGAAAACCUGCAGAUCAACGACAAGCUGCUCACGGCACUGCCUGCAGAAACACGACGGGCAGUCCAAGCCUUGAACCCCCGCGGGACGGUCGACUUCUAUGCGGAGGUAGGCAGAACCUCGUCUGCGGAACCUCCUUCAAAAUACGUCUGGAUCGGCCUGCAGCAAUGUGCGGUGAAGCACGACAACUUCCCCUACCCCAUUGAAAACAUUCGCGGCACGAUCGAGGGCGAGAACGACCGGUGGAGGUUCCAUAACCUUCAAGGCACCAACGACAGUGGGUUCGUCGCCUGCGACGGCAAGUUCCAAAGCACUGGUCUCGGCAACGAACUUCUGCUGCACUUCGAUUGUGAGAAAAUCCCUCUCGAGUUUGAACUUCGCGACGCCCUGAAUCCCGGUGUGCAGCAACUGUGGACCGACCUGAAACCGCACGGCACCGUCGAUAUCGAUUGCGAUCUACGGUACGACACGCACAACAAGAAGCUGAGCGUCACGGCGAAAGUCGAUCCCAUCCCAGGCACCACCUCGAUCGAGCCGACCUACUUCCCCUACCGCAUGGAUAAUCUCCAGGGGACGAUGGUCUAUCGGGAUGGGGAUGUCGAACUGCAAAACAUCACCGCCGAGCAUGGUGCCGUUAAGAUGCAAACCGGCGGCAGCUGCGAGGUGAACCCCGACGGGAGUUGGGCCCUUACGCUCGAAGGGCUUUCGGUCGACCGGCUGCAGUUGAACCACGACCUGCAUCGUGCACUACCCGUUCGGUUGCGUUCUGCAGUCGAUCGGCUCGGCUGGCAGGGGCAACUUUCCAUUCGCGAUAGCCUGCUGCAACUAUCCGGCUCGGGCACGUUGGGAGAAUCGGCCAAGUCGCGGUGGCGGAUCUAUCUCGACACCCACGCCGGCAGCAUGAACUCCGGCGUACCCCUGCACAACAUCCACGGCGGAGUCACCCUCGAAGGUGCGUUCGACGGAGAACAUCUGCGAAGCUGGGGCACGAUCAAUGUCGACUCAGUGUCGUACGAAGACUUCCAAUUCACGGGCGUUACCGGGCCCAUCUGGAUCGAUGACGAGACCGUGCGGCUAGGGGCAUUCGCCCAACGCGCCGCGCCCGGACAGCCGCCACCGCAUAUCAAUGCCAUGGGCUAUGGCGGCUACUUAGCCGCCGAUGCAUGGGUCACCCUGGAAACAGUGCCGAAAUUCUAUGUUCGUGCCUCGCUCAACAAUGCCGACUUGAACCGAUGCGCCGACGAGUUGUUUCGCGGACCGCAGGAACUCAAGGGGGUGGUCUCCGCUGAAGUGAACCUCACCGGGACUGCCGCGGGUACGCACACCUUCCAUGGCUCUGGAACCACUUAUCUACGCGAUGCCGACAUUUACGAACUGCCGGUGAUGGUCUCGAUGCUAAAGCUGCUGAGCAUCCGUCAGCCCGACACUACGGCGUUUUCGAAGAGCGACAUCAACUUCCGCAUCGAAGGCAACCACAUCUAUUUCGACCGCAUCGACUUCAACGGCGACGCGAUCAGCCUGUUGGGCAAGGGACAGAUGGAUAUGCAGUCGCGGUUGGAUCUCACCUUCCACACGGUUGUGGGUCGGGACGAGUAUCGAAUCCCCGUGCUGCAUGAAAUGCUCGGUGAGGCCAGCAAGCAAGUGUUGCUGAUCCACGUGCAAGGGACGCUCGACAACCCGGUGACCCGCAAGGAAGCCUUCCCGGGGCUGAACCAGGCACUGCAACAACUCCAAGGAGACAUUCCCCCGGCAAUGACCCGACGACCAGCCGGAAUCGUCGGCAGUUUUGCCGGUACCCAAAUGGCGCAGUCCCAGGGACCCGACGUCGAGCGGACUCGGGGUGAACGUGCCAACCAGCAGCGCCAGGUUUCGUCGGAACAACAGGCGGAAAAAGCGGCUGGAAUCGGGGCCACCGACGAAGAACAGGCCACCGAAGAUCGCGAUGCCGACGGCCGUCGUCUGUGGGAAGUAGACGAGCAAGCCGCCAAAGACAAGACCUCGGGUUCUCCUGAGGCCGAGCCCCACGGAGCACGCGACCCCUCGGGCAAUUCUGGUUCGCAUCUCGACCUGACCGGCUAA